AUUUAACUAGUUAUUACUUCGUGCUAUAACUAACCAUAUUUUCUGAUUGAAAAUUCUUCUAUCAUAUAAAAAUGCAUGAAUCGAAUUUACUUGAGCUUCUUCCGUCAGAGUUGAUAUCAUUUAUUUUAAAGUAUCUUCCAGAUCUAAAACAUGCUAGCGGUAUAAAUGACAUAUGGGAAAGAGUGGUGAAUCUUGAACGGCCCAAAAGGGUAAUUCUUACAGAUUUUCGAUUUAGGAUUGACAUAUGCGCUAAUGCAAAUUUCAUUAGUGAAAAAAUUGUGAAAAUAGCAUACGCAAAAAACAAUAGUAUUCCUAGAGUAUAUGGGUUUCUAGAUGAGUCUUAUUCCACAUUAGGAAAGGUUAAUUUACAUAUUAUCUUAAAUGAUGGCGAGAAGCAUAAAAUCAUACUUACUGAAUUUAUAGUUACUGGACCAGAUUGGCCUGAUCAAUUUCCUGAAAUACUUUUGGGCUCACCAUGGAUGCGAGAAAAUAGUCUUCAACAUCUUGACUUUAGUUAUUGCGGAGUUACUAAUAAGAUUAUUAAAGAAAUUGGUAGUUCAUGUCUUAAUUUAAAGUAUCUCAAAUUGGAAGGGUGUGAUAUUGUUAGCAAAGAAGCCAUAGAUCAGCUCAUUUCACUUAAUCCAAAUAUUCAUGUUGAGAAUUUCGUGUGUACCAUAAUACCAGCCUAUUUUGAUACAUACCCCGGGAUGUAUGAACUGUCAAGGAGACUGAGAAUGACAGUUGACUCACCAAGAGAUAUUAUGUCUGUACAUAAUUAUGUUAGACAAGCGUUAGGGUCGCAAAUGAUCUGA